AAGCCCGCGGUGCGGCAGUGGACGCGCGAGCGACGCGCGGGCGGCCGCGCAGCCGGCCCUAACUCACACGAUGGGCCAGACUGCCGGCGCCGAAGCCGUCGAGGAUGAGGACGAUGAGCCCCGCAUCCGUAUCAACCCUACGGAGAGUUCACUGACUGAAAGCGAAACAUCAUGCGAGGAGGCGGCGCGACUGACGGCAGAGGGGGCCGAAGACGAUGACGAGGCUUACGACUACGGGGCUCUACCCCCGCCCCCCGACGGGGGCUACGGCUGGGUCGUGGUCUUCGCCUCCUUCAUGUGCAAUCUCAUAGUCGACGGCAUCGCUUACACAUUUGGAAUAUUCCUCCCAGAGCUCGUCACGUUUUUUGGAGAGGGGAAAGGGACUGUGGCGUGGGUCGGAAGUUUACUCUCCGGCGUGUACUUGGCUGCCGGUCCCAUAGUAUCAGCGUUAUGCAACAAGUACGGGUGCCGCGCGGUGUGCGUGGCGGGCUCGCUGGUGGCGGCCUCGGCUUUCGUGCUCUCCACGUUUAGCAAGAGCGUCACAGUCAUGAUGAUCACCUACGGCCUGCUUGGAGGCAUAGGCUUCGGUAUGAUCUACCUCCCAUCAGUAGUGGCCGUGGGCUACUACUUCGAGGCGCGGCGUUCCCUCGCCACCGGAAUCGCCGUGUGCGGUUCCGGCGUGGGCACGUUCAGCUUCGCGCCGCUCGCCGCCAUCUUGCUCAACGAGUUCGGCUCGUGGCAGAACGCUAAUCUGCUGCUGGCUGGACUUAUUCUAAACUGCGCGGUGUUCGGAGCGCUCAUGAGGCCACUCGUCUAUCCUAAGUCAUCCGGAGAGAAGCCCCUCCUACAACGCAUGGCGGAAGAGAAGCGGCUCCAAAUGGAGCGUGGCUCGAUCGGCGGCUCAUACUUCGUGGUUCAACUGCCCGACGGUACUAUGGAGAAGAGGCUGAAGGCCCCGCUGAACGUGGACCCCGGCGUGCACUCGUCGCUCAACCUGGAGGCGCUGGCGCGCGUGCCCACGGUGCCCAACAUGCCAGGCGUGCCCACCGUGCCCACGCUGCCCACCAUCACGGAGGCGAGGGUUGUGGAUGACAAUGGAGAUAGGAAGAAGGGGGAAAAUGGCGUCACCAACGGCGGCAACCAGAUGUCCCGCAACGUGUCGUCGCCGGCCUUCAGCGCGCAGGCGCCCGGGUUGCCCAAGAACGGCUCCGUGCCGUUCUUCGACCGCCAACGCAAGCAGAGCACCGGCGAUAGGUCAGGCGAUAGCGCCCCUAGUACACGGGUUGCCAAGAACGGUUCCGUGCCGUUCUUCAAGUGCCGACGCAAGCAGAGCACCGGCGAUAGAUUCAAACCGUCCUUAGCUGCUAUUAAAGCCACGUCCAAAACUUCCAUGAAUAGUCAAUACAGAAUCGAUGGCGACACGGAGAGCGUGAUGUACAACUCCAAGCUGUCGGUGGCGGCGCGCGAGCCAUCGCGCAUGGUGCGGCCCAUGUCGCGCAAGGACAUCUUCUACUCCGGCUCCGUGCUCAACCUGCCGCAGUACCAGAGCCAGAAGAGCCUGCAGGCCUACCGCAACUCCGUGCUCAGCCUACCGCAGAGCCGGCAGGCUGGGGACGCGGAGGCUCAAGAACAAUACGACCUAUGCCCGUGCUUAUCGCUGCCCCAAUCCUUCAAGUCCGCCCUGGGGUCCAUGCUGGACAUGAGCCUGCUGCGCGACCCCGCCUUCAUGCUCAUCGGAGUAUCCAACAUCUUUGGCAUGGCGGGCCUGUACGUGCCCUUCGUGUACAUCGUGGACGCCGCUAUGAUGAAUGGUGUAGAAUCAUCGCAAGCUUCUUUCCUUCUAUCCAUCAUCGGCAUCACGAACACAAUCGGCCGUAUCGCUUGCGGCUGGGUCGCUGACUUCCCCUGGAUGGACUCGCUAUUGCUCAACAAUGUCUGCCUUGUCAUUGCCACGAUAUCUGUUGCCGCGACGCCAUUCUGCGCAUCUUAUGGUUCUUAUGUCGCAGUGGCCAUAUUCUUUGGGAUCGCUAUCUCGGGCUACAUCUCCCUGACGUCCAUCAUCCUGGUGGACCUGCUGGGGCUGGACAAGCUGACGAACGCGUUCGGGCUGCUCAUCCUGUUCCGUGGAGCGGCCGCCAUCGUGGGCUCGCCGCUCGCCGGCGCCGUGUAUGACGCCACGAGGAAUUAUGACGCGUCGUUUUACAUGGCGGCCGCGUUCUUCCUCGCUGCUACGCUCACCUCCUUCGCUGCUCCUUUGUUCAGAAGGAAACCCGACGAGGUGCAGCAGCCGGUGGACGUGCUGACGCCCAUCGACGAGGACCUGGAGGAGGCGGACGAGGACCCCGACGACACGCCCAUCACCAUGGGCAUGCGCGCGCCCGCCAUCACGCGCACCGCCGCCUCGCCCACCGACUGCCCGACCAUCGCCGAGCUCAGCCAAAGGGAAAGUGUGCUCUAAGGACUUGAUGUUAAGGUCGGAUUCGCUUCGAACGUUCGAGAAGCCGGGGGAGUAAACGUGUCUUGUUUAUGUGUAGCUCCGGGUGUGCGAAGUUGCGGAAAGUUUCCAAAAAAACUAUAAAAGAAAAGAAAAUUGUUUAAAAUGAAAAAUUUCAUUAUUGAAUAUAGAAGUUUCCGAAAUUAUGUAAUUUUGGAAACUCUCCGACGGCACAUCGGUAUACGUAGCGGUACGUGAAAUCGCGGUAUAUUUUUUAAAGAUAAAUGUGAUAAGUUUGGUAUUCACGCGUCGCGAUAAAGUAUAAACUAGCGAAUUGGUGCGCGCGAACGUGAAUACUGUAGGUACUUAUAGUUUUCUUUGACGCUACAGAAGUUGCACACACUUCACUCGUAAAUAUGGUCAUACCAGUGUAUGACUUCAUGAGUACAUUGUACAAAGAUUAGUAGGAAUGCGCUGCCGGUAACUUGGCUCAUUAAUCAGAUUGAUCAGAAAUGAUCAACUUCACGAGAGAAAACUGCACAUAUAAGAAGAGAAAUAAAACUGCUAUGGAUGCUCAAUGUGGCAUAGUUACUAGGCUCCAUAUAAAGGCUGUUAUGAAACUUGUACAAAUAUUUUGAUAAGGACCUUAGCGACUUUGCCAUAAGAAGCAUUAUUAAAUGGCAGUUUUAUAAAACCUUACCUUUCACACUAGGUAUAGGUAUAAGUAUAGUUAUAAUAAUAUAAAGCGUUGUUGGCAUUAAGCAAAAAGUACGUUUAAUCUUAAUGAUACCUAUAUGUUGAAAAUAACAUUUAACAAUUGCUUUAGAGUAAAACCUACCGUAUGUCUUUUCCUGAGGGUUCAUUUUCUAAUUACCGAAUACAUAUGAGUUUUACAUAUGUGCAAAUACAUCGCUGUGUCAUUACUCAUUAAACUAACCUAAGUUUUAAUUAAAUGUGUACAGAUUGUAUUGAUGUAUGGAUCAGACAAAACCCGUAGUUCAGUUUGUUUAAUUUUAAAGUAAUUCUUUGCUAUGUAUCUUCGGUAUUUAUAUUAAUAACAAAAAUACGAUCUCAUAGCCCGAAGAUACUAGCAAAGACCACUGACAAUUAUGACCCGAUAUUUUUACCGCAAGUCGUUUUUCUUUUUUACCAUAGUGUUUUAACGACAAAUACACCAAUAUCGAUAAAUACCGUUUUGCAAGCCCAUUAGGAAAGCGUGGGGAUAUUUGGAAUUAAUAGAACUAUAAGUAUACCGUAUAAAACAUUUGUUCCAUCUAUAGAAAUAGUGAGAAUACAGUCAGUAUAGUGAGCUGUACAGUCAGCAGCAGAAGUUGCUAAGCGGGAGAAUUGUUCAAAAUGUUCUUGACGCAACUUUAUUGUUAAGACUAUAAGAGCUUGACACAGGUAAUUAUGAACACCUCGCCCGCUUAGCAACUUCUGCUGCUGACUGUACAUUUAUAAUCCUUUUAGUCUCAACUAACCCCACGGCUUCCGUAAAGACUCAUGAGACGGUUAAAGAGAUUCUAAAUAAAUAUAAUAUGUUAAAAACGAUAUUCAACUAUUUAAUAAGAAUGGUACGAUAGUGGAAUUGACUGCAAGCAAUAAUUUUACACAGAUUCGUUGCACUUUUGUCUAGGAAACUAAUUCUGACGUGCCAUAUGUAACGUGCGUUGUGGUGUUAGCGGCGACACCGAUCGAACUACCACUCAAUACUCAAAGGGAAAUGCGUAAGAAGAAACAGGGGGUUGACAACACGACCUAAGAGGAAAAUGUAUGUACUUAUAACAAUAAUAUAAUUUGGAAAGUGCGAUGGUGGUCGAUACGAAGUCUAAAAUGUCAUUAGCAAUAAUAUUUGUACUUAUAAGCUUUAAGUACUUAGAUUCAAAACAAUAUAAAAAGCAAAAAAAUAUUAGAACCUUUCAUCUGACCCCCUUUCAACAAUCCAUAUCUAUCGUACUUCCUCUGACAGUUGAAAUUUCUAAAAGAGACAAUAAAUGAUUAAUUUAUCUAAAUAUGCCUAAUUUUAUAGAGUUCCGUGUUAGAAUUAUAUUUUCCUAUUAAUAGUGGAAUACACAAAGAAUCCAGUAUUUUCAAAUGCAGUCGUUUUGUAAAUAUGUAGUACCAUUAAAUAAUGCACUAUUGUACAUACACAAGUAGGUAGGGUUUGAAACAAUCAUGGCACUGACUACGUAUACUAUAUCGAACACUUCCUCGCUAUCCUCUAUUUUUCUAUCCUUUAAACGUAGCUUGCAACUAUUCCCUUAUUGUCAUUGACAUAAGGUUGAAAAUGUCAACCUUACAGUAACUAUGGCAAAUGAACUGCUGUACGAUAGAACUAAGAAGACUAUAAGUCGUUUUAAUGAUACGUGAAUAGUUCGGUAUAUUUGUAUUAUGUGUUUACUGUAAGAUACAUUUUGAAACUUGCUAUAGCAAUGUGUUGAAUUUUCGAGCUUGGCUUUUUCCUUAUAUUUCUUGUGAAGUUUAGAUACUGUUUACGUCUCGCUGGUAGCAUUCGGGGUCAUUUUCGUUGAGAUUUUUGUCUCGACGGCGUUAGGUAGGUAUAAAAUGAAUUGUGAACCGCCGUGAAAUCUAUGUCAUCCUAUUGAUAUCCUCAUUUUGAAGUAGAGUGUAGACCUGCAUCGUUCCACGUGCCAUGGCGACGAACGAGACUAUGUAAAUAAGCGGGUAGUAACUUAGGAGACAGUGAGUAACGCAACGCAGUCAAUUUCCGACUCCCGGGACUGGGACUUGCCACUCAUGUAGCGGACGCAGAGUACCUAUAUAUUAAUAUAUUUUUGUGUAAUUGUGUAUAGAUAUUUUUCUGUCAAUAAACUGCAUAAUUUAGCUGUAAGUUGUACGUAUAGGAGCGCGUAAGGGUUUAAGGACGUAGGAAAUGGUAUUAUGUGAUAAAUAUAAUACGAAUACCGUUUAUUUGUUUUGUAACACUUAUAAUGUUUUAUUAAUAACGAUAUUAUGCCUAUUAUGAAACAUGUAAUAUUAAAAUUAGGUUUUCAUUUGUAAGGUUUAUUAAAGUGGGAUAAUGUUACAAAUUGUAUAAAAAAAUCUUAUUAAGGAUUAUUCUGAAAGUUAGUAAUGUUACUGUUGUUAUAGCUUUAUGUAAAAAACCAAAAGUGUUAUUAUGUUUUUAAGAUUGAAAAAAAGUGUUAUGUGAACUAUACCGGGGUUAGACAAUUAAUGCCAAUGUGAUGAAGUCCAAAACGCAUCAAAUGUCCGAGGAUCAUUGGUUUAUAUUUAGUUAAGACUCAAUUUAUGUCUAUGUAUUUUAAUAUCUAGUUCAAUUUUACUUUGCAAAAAUGUUAUGUAUUUAAUUCAGUAUUGGUUAAUAAGUAUUGUUUUUUUAUCUAAGAAACGCUGUUUACGCAUUAAUCGGCUAAACAAUCGCAUAGAAGUUUUAAUAAACAUAUCGGUAAACAAGUCGGCGUACCGAAAGUUGAACCCAACAAAGCCAUUACGUUGCAAAAUCACCCGUAAUUUGGCGUAGUUUUUGCUCGUAAAUAAUGCUUGGUUCAUUUUUAUAAGUUAGACUGGCUCAUCCAUCAUUAAGUACAUAUUUUAUCUUAGCUAUAUGAUUUUAUAAUGCUACGCUGUAUGCUGUAUGGAAUAUUUUUUAUUUAAGUGUGUUUUAUAUGCUUGCUUUACAGCCAUACCUAUUUUCGUACAGUCGAAAUCUAAAAUGUCAAUAUCAAAAUUGCUCAAUGCUAAAAGCGUAACUAAACAUUGUUCAACAUGUGGUGCUGAGUGUAUUCCAAGUCGCUUAGACUCGGAUUCAGACAAUUUCGGACAUAUAUUUCAUGAGCUAUACGCGCUGUAGUAUAAAUUAAAGAUUUAGAAAAUUAUUAAUGCAUCUGUACGUUUUAAAGCACAUAGAUCGUGAUCACGUCGAACAAUAUAAAAAAAACCUACUUUAACACUAAUUAUUUCGAACAUCGUACUAAACUAAAAUCCAUCGUAUUUUCACGGAAACUUACGAACGUGUCUUGCUAUUUCAGUCAGUCUCGGUACAAAAGAGUACAUUGACUGAACUAGCAUGACGAAUACGAACGUUGACGAUACGAAUCUAACAAUUAUGCACUACAUCUGUAAAAGAGUUCUACUCGACAAGGUUAUGUCCAGUGCCACAUAAAGAGGAACAUGUUAGUUCUCAUGUGUAAACAGCUUCACGUCCAAAGUUAGCUAACCGAGUUAUAUACCUAGCCAACCGCUUCAAUGAAUGUACAAAACAUGCUAUUUGUUGACUAUAUCCACCGAAACUUUUGUAUAUAACAGACUCAUUAAAUAUAAUGAUGACUGAA